AUCAACAAAAGAGAAGAAAGAGGGAGGGGAUGGUUGAAACCCUUCGCAUCCCCAAGCGUCAUCCGCAACCGCCCUCAAGUGGGAAUUGGCACGCUACACGGAUGCCUCUGCUGCACCAGGGAGCAGCAGUGCUUGGCCAGCGCGGUUGAAAAGCCGAGCCUCUGACGGAAGGUUGGGUCUUGGUAGUGAUCGAACGGUGAGAAGGAAACGGAGCCGACGGUGGAGGGGGAGAAGAAGGCAGAGGAGAAGCUUGGAGGCGGAGAGGACUGACGGUGGAGCGGAAGAAGUAGGCGGAGGAGAGGGUUGGAACUCUCAUCCCGGCGCCACAACGAGGAGUCGGAGUGGCGGGAGAUGGAGGAUCUCAGUAUCCCGCAACUCGUUGCCUUCCUAAGGUCAUCUUUGCGGAAGCCGGAAUCGGAGACUCUGGAGAAACCCUAAAGCCUCGAAAGACUUGAUCAAGGUCGAGAUGGCGGAGAGCAAGUUCUCAGAAGACUUGAUCGCGAUGGAAGUCGAGAAGAUCGAAUUGCAAAGAAAAAUUCAAAGCCUCGAAAGAGAAUUGGGUGUUCUUAGAAUCCGGUGUUCCGAGCUGGAAGGGCAAACCAAGAAAAUGGAGAGUUUUCAUGUCCACAAGGAGAAGUCAGAGCUGGAGAAGCAGAUAGCUCGAUUAAAAGAAGAUUUUAGGGUUGUGAGCGAGAGAGAGCACAUAGCUCAAGAAAGGAUCAUGAGUUUGUUAGUUCUUCAGAAAAAAUGCGACGAAGUUGAUGUCUGGAAGAGGAAGUGUGCAGAAUUGGAAGCGCGGGUGUCGCAGCUGGAGGAAGAAAACUCGAGUCUGAGAGGAAUUAAGCAAGAUAAACUCCAAGUUGCUUCUGUCGGAAAGCCUGUAUUAGGAGUAGUUAUCGAAAUAAGCGACAGCGAAGAGGAAAAGAUUGCUAAAGAUCAGGGUGCGGAGGAACAUGUGAAGAAGGGAGGUUUGGAUUUCAAAACUGAUGCAAGUCCUAAAGGGAAUUCUAACAUUAUUCAUCUGGACCGAAGAAAUAUUAAUGGAAUGGAAGAUGACGGUGAGGAACAUGCCGAGAAUUUUCUUUUAACUCCGGUACCCAAGAGAAAGCGUGCCGUGAGAGUAGUUACUAGUGACAGUGAGAGCGGCGACGAUGAUGAUAAUAUUCCAAUUGCCAAACUAAGGACGAGGAGAUCUGGGGCCAUGGUGCAGGGGAUUAAACAACAAUGUGAUGCUGUCCAAGAGGAUGUAACCCCUUCUAGGAGGCAUUUGGUUCCACUGAGAGUGCUUGACAAAAGAAAUGCUGAGGCAAAAGAAAGCUCUUCUGGAGAUCUAGCAGCUCAAAGAGUAACUCCUGAUAAGAAGGACAAGAUUUCGGGGAAUAGGGUGACUGCAUGCCGCAAACUUGGAUACUCAGACACGGAAGAUGAUGAAGAGCAUGAAUCAUAUGACGGCAGGUCAGAGAGUGAGGGUGGAAGUCUGGGUGGGUUCAUAGUAAGUGGAUCUGAUAAUCUGGAAGCUGAAUCUAAUUCUGAUGAUUUUUCUUCUGAAGAGCAAGCAACGAGUAGUGAUGUAGACCUUGAUGAUAUUUUGUCUAAUAUCCGACGGGAAAGAGAUGUCAAACAAUGGGAAUAUGAAGCCGAUUUGUUAGCCUCACUUGGAAAAGACCCUGAGCUCUGCAUGAAAGCUGUUUGUGCUAUUUAUCGGCAACAAACAUCAGAAGAAAAGUCAAUAAAGGAGACAAUUCUACUGAACAGCCGUGGGUUUAACACAAUUGAUGCAAAGAGGGGAUCUAUGAUGGCAGAGUUUCUUUUGGAUGGUGAUCCACAUGGGCCUCUCAAGAAGUCUGUCCAGGAAUUAGAGAGGUAUGAUCCCCAGGGGCUUGACUACUGCUACAAAUUGGCCACACGCUACUCCAAGCAGCUUUUCAUGAUCUAUCAGAACAAAGAGGAUCCUUACUUUCUUCCAUCCUAACACUGCUCGUUGUUGGUGCUGUUUACUGCUAGCAUAGACUUUUUGAGACCUUAUCAUUAGUGCUGCUUCAUCUUUUUGUUCCAUAUCCAUGUUUAUAUGUACAGUCAAGCAUAUUAUGAUAGGAACAGCCUAGCCUUUUGCUAAAACUGGUAGUUGUGUAACUCUACUAAUAUGCUAUAGAAGUUAGACAUGAUGCACAGCAGCUUAUGUUCAUAGAUAAAUGUGAAAUUUGGAAUGAAGCAGCAAUCCCAGUACUUUACUGAUGAGAUCUCUGAU